AAUCUGUAAUAAUUCCACUUCAACUAAAAAUAAUAAGUCUACAAUUAAAUCAUUUUACUUAUGUAAUGAAAAAAAUCCUGGCUUCUUAAAAAGUAAUUGCAUUGGGUUCAUAGUGUAUCAAUUAGAGAUUUAUUUUUCUCAAAAUACAAUAAAGGAACAUCAACAAAACUUUAAUCUAAACUAGAUAACGACUUAGAAAAGUUGAUAAAUGGGAGUGAGUUGGUUUUAUUUAUUUAUAAUUGUUUCAAAAUUACUUAUGUAUGGAAAUCUAUAAAAUUCAAUAAUAUCAAAUUAAUAAUUAAUUCAUUGCACUGCGUAUUGAAUACCUGUUUCUACAAAAGCGGCAAAUACACUUAUUCCUUCAUCCAACAAAACAAGACUUAUUUUAAUAAUACAUUUUUUUCUAUUUUUAGAGAGGGCAGUUGACCUAAUGGGUCAAGUAUUUUUUUGUGUUGAAACACAUAAGAGUCGAGUAUUCAAGAAGGGCAUCAGUCGGGCCAAUCGAAUAAGUGGCUUCAGUUUGUACGAUGCUCUUCUUCGUAACUUUGGUGAUAGCACUUGUCCUUUUAUUCCUAAUUCUAGAUACAAUAAAACCGAAACGAUAUCCGCCUGGACCUCAAUGGUUACCCAUCGUCGGCAAUUUCCUCGAAUUCCGGCGCCGCCUUUCGGAAAUCGGCUACCACCACUUGGUGUGGAAGGAAUUUUCCGAGGAAUAUGGGGACGUCGUCGGGUUGAAAAUGGGGCGGAAUCUGGUGGUGGCGGUGUUUGGGGCUGAAGCCGUCAAGGAGGUCCUCACGAGGGAGGAGUUCGAUGGAAGGCCGGAUGGGUUUUUCUUCCGAUUACGCACUUUUGGAAAAAGACUCGGAAUCGUUUUCUCAGAUGGCCAAUUUUGGCAAAAACAACGCAAAUUCUCCAUGCAGCAUUUACGCAAUUUCGGGUUCGGCCGUAAAGAAAUGGAGGAGAAAAUCGAAGAGGAAACCAAAGAUCUCAUUGCUGUUUUCAAAAAACAAUGUUCGGAGCCCAUCUGGAUGCACACAGCUUUCGAUGUCUCCGUUUUGAACGUUUUAUGGGCUAUGAUGGCCGGCGAGAGAUUUAACAUAAACGAUGAAAGACUUCGUAAAUUACUGAAAAUUGUUCAUGACGCUUUCAGACUCACAGAUAUGUCCGGAGGAAUGCUGAAUCAACUGCCAUUUUUAAGAUUUAUUGCACCAGAAACCUGCGGUUAUAACCAAUUGGUCGAUGUUUUGGUCAGAAUGUGGGAAUUUUUGCAGGAAACCAUUUCUGAACAUAGGAAAACACUAUGUAGCUCCCACGCCAGAGAUUUGAUCGAUGCAUUUCUGCAAAAGAUGGAUAUUCAGAGCGAUUCAUCUUUUACAGAUGAUCAGCUCAUGUCCCUCUGCCUUGACCUUUUUAUGGCAGGUUCCGAGACCACUAGUAAUACUUUGGGUUUUUCGGUUGUCUACAUGCUCCAAUUUCCAGAAGUUCAGAAAAAAGUACAAGACGAAAUGGAUGAAGUUGUUGGGCGAAACCGUUGGCCGACUUUGCAAGACCGAAUCAAAUUAAAAUAUACAGAAGCUGUCUUGAUGGAAAUUCAAAGACGUGCCAAUAUUCCCCCACUUGGUAUAGCUCACAGAGCGACACGCAAUGUCAAUUUAUUUGGUUAUCGAAUUCCUGAAGGUACAAUUGUGUUAACCAGUUUAUACAGCGUCCAUAUGGACCACAAGUUUUGGAGGGAUCCAUUGGCUUUUAGACCUGAGCGAUUUUUAAACAAGGACGGAAACCUUGAAGUGGAUGAAAAAUAUUUUGCUCCUUUUGGAUACGGGAAACGACGUUGUUUGGGAGAAUCGUUAGCUAAGGCUAACUAUUUUCUGUUUUUUACCGCUCUUCUUCACAAUUUCCAUAUUGAAAAGGAUUGUGGUGGUCCUGAACCACAAUUAGAAGGUUAUGAUGGAGUAACUAUAUCACCAAAACCGUUCCGAGCUAAACUCAUCCCAAGGACUGAUUAAUUUUUGAAGACUAGAACUAGUUGUAGGAGUAUAUUUAAUAUUUUUAAGUUUAUUCUAUAGUUUUGAAAUUUUUGUAAGGGCAAGGUGAAAUAUCGUAUACUGUAUAAUGCUUCAUAUUCAUUUAAACCUGUUACGUAUGUUUAUUUUUUAGUUUAGUUUAUUUAGUUUACCAAUUUCUCAAAUUAUUUUGUAUCUUAAUCAUAGCAAAAUUAAAAAAAUUAAAUAUU